UCUGUUACACUGCACAUUCACUUUGACAUUAGUUGAAGCGUCGUUACAACAUGGAGUUACAGGUGUCUGCUGUUAGCUCCACAUUCCUUUUCAUUACUUUAUGCAUGCUCAGAGGUACUAAUGGACUGCUGAUAAAUCAGACACAAUCAGUUAUUGGCAGAGAAGGGGACACUGUCAUAAUGAACUGCACCGUGUCAAAUGAAACUUUAGGACCUGUCUGUUGGUCCAAGGAGGCUAAUCUUCAGAAGAUCUUAUACUCAGAAAAGUUUGGUGACAAAUCAGACACACGAGCAACAAAAAUAGUUCAUGAAGGACAAGAAAGAGACACUGAUUUUUCCAUCAGUUUUAAAAAUAUUACCUUGGAAGAUGCAGGGAUAUAUUACUGUGGGAUGUUUAAAUCAGACAACGUGACUGUGUUUGCAUCUGGAUCUGGAACCCAACUUUAUGUGAUCCGAAAUUAUGGCUUGUCAAUAUACCAGACCUCAUCAGUUAAUGGCACAGAAGGGGGCACUGUCACAAUGAAAUGCACUGUGUCUUGUACAACUUUAGGAUCUGUUCGAUGGUACAAGGGGGAGAAAAUGCAGAAACUUGUGUAUUCACAAUUGUUAAUUGAUAAAUCGGAUGCUCGAAUAAGUAGAACAUCUCAUAAUGGACGAGAAAGAGACAUUGAUUUUUCCAUCACGUUUAGAGAUAUUACCUUGGAAGAUGCUGGGGUUUAUUACUGUGUGAAGUUUAAAUCAGACAAAGUAACGGUGGCUGCCAAAGGAUCAGGAACCCAACUUUACGUGAGGAGUACUUAUAAACCGGUGGUAUACCAGUCCCAAGUAGUUACUGCCACAGAAGGGGACAUUGUCAUCAUGAACUGCACUUUGUCACAUGAAACUUUAGGUCCUGUUCGAUGGUACAAGGGGGACAAUCUUCAGAAGCUCCUAUACUCACAAUUGUUAAGUGAUGAAUCAGAUGCACGAGUAAGUAGGACAGUCCAUGGAGGACAAGAAGGAAACUUGGAUUUCUCCAUCACAUUUAGAUCUAUUCGCUUGGAAGAUGCUGGGAUGUAUUACUGUGUGAGGUUUAAAUCAGACAGAAUAACUGUGGCUACAUCAGGACCAGGAACCAGACUUGAUGUGCGACGUAUUAAAGGACAGACAAUAUACCAGUCCUCAUCAGUGAAUGGCACAGAAGGAGAUACUAUUAUAAUGAACUGCACUGUGUCGCAUGAAACUUUAGGACCUGUCCGAUGGUACAAGGGAGACACUUUGCAGAAGCUCCUGUUCUCACAGUUGUUAAAUGAUGAAUCUGACACACGAGUAAGUAGGAUAGUGCAUGAAGGACAAGAAAGAAACAUGGAUUUUUCCAUCAGAUUUACAAGUGUUACCCUGGAAGAUGCUGGGAUUUAUUACUGUGUGAAAUUUAAAUCAGACAGAGUAACUGUGGCUGAAUCAGGAUCAGGAACCCGACUUCAUGUGAGCCGUACUUACAGCCUGAUGAUAUAUCAGACCCCAUCAGUUACUGCUGAAGAAGGAGACACUGUCAUAAUGAACUGCACUGUGUCACAUAAUACUUCAGGACCUGUUCGAUGGUACAAUGAAGCCAAUAUGGAGAAGUACCUAUACUCACAGUUGCUAGGUGACAAAUCAGAUGAACAAGCCAGUAGGAUAGUGUAUGAAGAACAAGAAAGAAAUAAUGAUUUUUCCAUCACAUUUGCAAAUAUAACCUUGAAAGAUGCGGGGGUGUAUUACUGUGUGAAGUUUAAAUCAGACAAAGUCACUGUGGCUGCAAAAGGAAAUGGAACCAGACUUUAUGUGAGAGGUGGUUAUGAACUGGUGAUAUACCAGCCCCCAGCUGUUACUGGUGUAGAAGGACACAGUGUCAUAAUGCAGUGUGCUUUGUCACAGGAAAUUCGAGGACCUGUUCGCUGGUACAAGGGUAACAAUUUGCAGAAGCUUCUGUACUCAGAGCUCUCAAAUGAUAAAUCAGAUGCCCGAGCAAGCAGGAAAGCAGUGAAUGACCCAACAAGCAACACUGACUAUUCCAUCACUUUUACAAAUAUUACCUUGGAAGAUGCAGGAGUGUAUUACUGUGUGAAGUUUAAAUCAGACAAAGUAACUGUGGCUGCAACAGGAUCUGGAACCCGACUUUAUGUGAGCCGGGGUUUUGACCUGAUGAUAUACCAGACCCCAUCUGUUACUGGUAUAGAAGGAAGUACUGUCAAAAUCCAGUGUACUUUGUCAAAAGAAACUGUAGGACCAGUUCGAUGGUACAAGGGUAGCAAUCUAAAGAAGCUCCUUUACUCACAGCUCUCAGAUGAUAACUCAGAUGCACGAGUGAGACAGGUUGUACAUGAAGGACCAAGAAGAGACACUGACCAUUCCAUUACAUUCACUGGUAUUACCUUGGAAGAUGCAGGAGUGUAUUACUGUGUAAAGUUUAAAUCAGACGGUGUAACUGUCACUGCAAAAGGAUCAGGAACCCGACUUUACAUAACUAGUCCCAUUCCAUCAUGAGAUAAAAACAGAGAUGUAAUUUAAGAAGAAAAUUAAAACCCCGUCUUGCUCUAUAAUGUUCUUGGUCAUAUUAUGCUUUAUAUAUAAUGUACAUAAUCUUGCACACACACACACACAUACACACACACACACACACACACACACACACACACACACAUGCACACACACGCACACACACACACACACACACACACACACGCACACACACACGGACAUAUAUAUAAACAUGCACAUAAGGCGUGCAUGCACAUAACACUUACUGUCAAAGCUUAAAAAUGCAGUAGAGGAAUUUUGAAAAAAACAUAUUCCUUUGUUAAACUGCUUAAAUCUUAUGAUAUAAUAAUCAUAUAAAUGCAGAAUAUAUAAACACAAUAAAACAGCUGUAUAUUAAAGUUUUUUUUAACAGUAAUUAAUUAAAAAUGUAAAUCGAGUAUAUCACAAAGCGCCUCACUUGCUUGGGUUAUACAUAACAUAUUUGUUGUCUAUACAGAAGCUUAUGUUUCUCUUGAUGACAUUUUCAUGAAAGUUAUUUUAGAAUAGUGUUCACUGAGUGAUACUCCAUAAAAGAAUUUUAAAUGUGAGAUACAGGUAUAGUUCAUAUUAUACACCUGGUACUAUACACAUUAAAGUAUUACUUAAAAAGGAUUUUGAUUUCUUUAUAUAAAAUAAAUGUUAUUAUCCAUUAA